GUCACAACAUAUUACAUCUAGCCUGAUAACCGAUUCACAACCUCGAGCCGAACGAACUCUGAUGUCGAGCAGCGGACCCGGUCUGCCACUCGAACUAGCGCAAGAUACCAGGGACGGCUCUUGAUCGCCGCUCCUUAUCAUUUCUUGGCCGCCGGCCGCCUCCACUAAAGGUGUCUUGCCCGAUCGUCACUCUGGUCCCGGAAUGUCAUUGCCUUUACCCUUCCCAAGGAACUCGAUGCCCAACUACAACCGACACCAUCACUGUAGGCUUCCUCUACAGACACAAUGAGGCCAGCCACAGUGCCUCAGAUCAAGCAGAGAGCUUAUCGGGGGCUUUCCUCUGGCCGUCAGCAUGAGGAACCAUCCACGAAUGCCUGGCGAACCUAGACAAAUUAGCCUCCCUUCCGCCCUAAAGCCGAGUCAGCAAGGGAGUAAGAAAGUUCAGAUGCCGUUUAGGUUUUGUACACAGACAUUGUUGUUGCUAGAAGAUCAACCGAAAGCCAUCUCAGUCACUAAGAACACAACACUGAACGGCAGCUCUUCAUACCCUUCGUCUCUUCAUAUUUGGCCAAGUUUCCACGAAGCUGGAGAUUUUGCAGCCGCUGAGCCCUGCAGAGCACACGGUCACGGAUUCCCGCGGAACAUCGAGCCAAUACAAUCACUACUACGAUCAUGUUGCUGAUGAAUUUCACAUCAAAAGAAUGUCACGCCGCCGCACUAAGGUCCACCCUCCCUCCCCCUAAGCCUAAGCGCUAUCCCGAACAAGCAUUCCUCUCGCAUCCGACUGGCUGCAGAUCUCCUAACGGGUGUGAGGACAGAUGCCAUUGGGCCGGGACAUGCGCACGGCAGCAUGCCGCAACGCUAUUUCUAUGACUGAUUGAAUUUUGGCCUUAUCUCUGUCCCGCACGCCGCAUGGUGUUGGUGGCCGCCGCCUCCGCGCCUUAUUUUUCUUUGACAAACUUCAUCCAUGGUCUCAGACUUGACGCACAAUCUCAGAGUACUGGUCCCAAACGGGCAUAACGUCGCAGCCCCCCUCCCCAUACCAGUAUCCCGGCCACCUCGCGCCGCAGCGUGAACCCCAAUGGUCUAGCAGAGAUAUCUCCAGGUUUCGAGUGGGGGCAGAAACGUGCCUUUGUAGGUGUGUAUCUCAUGGUGGCACAUGGGACAGGGUGGCUCCGGCAGUUUAAGCUCCGAUAGCCGUAGGACAGUAUCCCCUUAUUCGAUGCUGCCGCCGGCCAGUUAUCUGUUUCUAUGGUAUGGUUGUCUGCGGAAAUCGAGGGCAUACAUAUAUACACCCAUGGGCCCGGGCCCAAACAUGCCGGGAGCCUGCUUCGUUAUCACACAUUGUCACAGUCUGAUUCUCCUACAAACCGGCCCAAAAUGGUGACUGCAGCUCUCAACCAGGGUGUCGGCUACGGCAUUGUCCUCGGCGUAGGCUUCCUCUUCGCCAUUGGCAUGAUUGCCACGACCUAUGUGCUUAGACGAUACAACAGGGAGCUGCAGACUUCCGAGAACUUUACCACGGCCGGCAGGACGGUCAAGUCGGGCCUCGUCGGUUCCGCCGUCGUCUCGUCCUGGACGUGGGCCGCCACGCUGCUCCAGUCGUCGGGCGUGUGCUACCGAUACGGCGUCUCUGGCCCCUUCUGGUACGCCUCGGGCGCGACCGUGCAGAUCCUCCUCUUCGCGACGCUCGCCAUCGAGCUCAAGCGCAGGGCGCCCAAUGCACACACGUUCCUCGAGGUCAUCAAGGCCAGAUACGGCACGGCCACGCAUCUCGUGUUCAUCGUCUUCGGCCUGAUGACCAACAUCCUGGUCACCCUGAUGCUGAUCGUGGGAGGCGCGGCGACGGUCAACGCACUCACUGGCAUGCACACCGUCGCCGCCAUCUACCUGCUGCCCGUCGGCGUCGUUGCCUACACGCUCGUCGGAGGCUUGAAGGCGACCUUUCUCACCGACUGGGUUCACACCUUUAUCCUGCUGAUUAUUAUCAUCAUUUUCUCCCUGACUGCCUACGCCAGCUCCGAUGUGCUCGGCAGCCCCUCCAAGGUGUACGACCUCCUCGUCGAGGCCGCGCUCAGACACCCGGUCUCGGGCAACGCCGAGGGAUCCUACCUGACCAUGAAGUCGCAAGGCGGCGUCGAGUUCUUCGUCAUCAACAUUGUGGGAAACUUCGGCACUGUCUUCCUGGAUAACGGAUACUACAACAAGGCCAUCGCGGCGUCGCCGGUCCACGCGCUUCCCGGCUACAUUAUCGGCGGCCUCUCGUGGUUCGCGAUCCCCUGGCUGACGGCGACGACCAUGGGCCUCUCUGCGCUUGCGCUCGAGUCGAACCCGCGCUUCCCGACCUUCCCCGCGCGCAUGACCGAGGCCGAGGUCUCGGCCGGGCUUGCGCUUCCCUAUGCGGCGGUGGCCCUCCUUGGCAAGGGCGGCGCCGCGGCGACGCUGCUGAUGGUCUUCAUGGCCGUCACGUCGGCAUCGUCGGCGGAGCUCAUCGCCGUGUCGUCCAUCUUCACGUACGACGUCUACCGGACGUACUUCAAGCCCGACGCCAGCGGCAAGCGCCUCAUCUACAUGUCGCACGUGGUGGUCGUCGUGUACGCUCUCGUCAUCAGCUCCGUCUCGGUGGGCCUGUAUUACAACGGCAUCUCGAUGGGUUACCUCUACGUGCUGAUGGGCGUGCUCAUCUCGGCCGCCGUGCUCCCGGCGACGCUGACGCUCGUGUGGAAGGGCCAGAACAAGUGGGCGGCGACGCUCUCCCCCAUCUUCGGCACUGCCUUCGCCAUCAUCGGCUGGCUCGUCACGGCAAAGAAGACGUGCGGCGUCUUGGACAUCGCCUGUACGGGUUCUAACAACCCAAUGUUGGCCGGCAACGUCAUCGCCCUCCUGUCGCCCAUCGUGCUGAUCCCGGUCUUCACGCUGGCGUUUGGUAUAGACAAGUACGAUUGGAAGUCGAUGAUGGCGAUCCGCAGGGGCGACGACCACGAGCUGGCCAGCGCGGCCGGGCUGGACCUCGAGGAGAUCCCGGGACACCAGGAGACGCAGGCAGCGUUCGAACGCGAGCAGACGAUGCUGUCCCGUGCGUUCAAGAUUUCCGUCUCCAUGACGGCGUUUUUGACCAUCGCGAUGCUCAUCCUCUGGCCGAUGCCCAUGUACGGCUCCGGAUACAUCUUUAGCAAGCCCUUCUUCACGGGGUGGGUGGUGGUCGGCAUCCUCUGGAUCUUCUGCUCCUUCUUCGCCGUCGGGCUGUUCCCCAUCUUCGAGGGCCGCGCAACGCUCGUGCACACUGUCAAGUCGAUGAUAUCGGGCAAGAGGCCGACGCGCCACCACACCGUGACGCACGGGGAGGAGGAGGAGGAGGCCAAGGAGAAGACGAGCCCUGGCGGCGUUGCGCCCGAGAAAAAGGACGUGGGCGGGGAGACUGUCCCGUUGUAAAUGAUGAGAAGUGAGAGAGUUUGUUUGAAGGGGGAAGAAUGGAGGGGGACUUUUCACCGGAGUUGUGGUGACGCUAUACCAUCGUUUUUCAUGUCUGCUGUUUAUAUGCAAUGAUAUCCAGGGGGAGUUGAACCUAGCAACUGUGGAAGCAAUAGAAAAUGAGAAAUACCACGGAGUAACGAAGAUAAUUG